AUGGCCGCCAUCUACGCAACAAUGCACUCCCCUGAAGAGCUGGCUGCCCUCUUCUCCCGUAACAUGACCCUCGAUCCCAUGUCUCAACCCCGGAUCAUGCCCGACCCAAUCAUGAUCCCUGAUCCAGUCCAGCAAUCUCUUACUCCUCAACCCGUUCAGGCCAAUCCUGAGCCUCAACCCCAACAAGGUCGUCCCAUUGUCUACAUCUCCCAACACUACAACCACUCUGCCCACGUCGCUCGCCAGCAGCAACAGCAACAACAGCAGCAGCAAACCCGUCCGGCGUCCGAGCCGCCUCAGAAUGAAUUCGCCGAGGUUGAGAGGGUGCUGAGGGAACACAGCGUCGACACUACUCGCCUAUCACCCGCUCAACUGCAGUUGUUUAAGAGCGUGGAUACGCCGCAGAAGCUGAGGUUGCUUGAUCUUUGGCGGACGUGCCCACCAACACCCAACAACAAUAGUUCCAAUGGAUGGGGGAGUACAACCAUGGAAAUCGAAGAGGAGUCGGCUAGAGUUAGGUGGGAACAACAGCAGGCGCAGCAGGGGCAGGAAGAAGAAAAGAUGGAGACUGAGACAGAGGAAGUGGUUAUGAGCCUAGACGGCACUCCCGCCACAGCCCAACCCGCACAAGACGUAGACGGCCGCUGGAUCGUCGAAAUGGCGCAGAGCUAUAUGGAGCCAUAUAUGGCGGCUGGGUAUGAGGAUUUGGCACGCAGUGAGUACCAAAUCUCAUUAUCAAACAAUAACGGGUUCAGUAGUGCUGAUGCCGGUGGGAUGGCACAGCAAGUCAGCAGCAGCAGCAGCAGCAGCAGCAGCAGCAGCAGCACAGACCCUUCUUGUGCUACAGUCAUCGGCGAUGGAGAUGCUAUGAUUUUUAGGGAGCAGGAGAAGAGGCGUGUGGAUUCGGUGUAUAGGGAUAUGAAUAUGGGAAGGGGGGAGGAGUGGCGGAGGAGAUGUGUAGGGUGGAGGGAUGUGGAGAUGUUUUGA